AUGGAUGCCCUGAAGCAACGUAUGGCAACCGCCAAAGCUGGAACGGGGGAGGUGGCAGCGGUGCUCUCCUCGGUCACCUUUCAGCCCCGGGCGGCAGCCUUCACCAGUCUGAUCCAGGCAGCCAGCAAGGCCAAAGCCACGGAGAAGGCGCUAGAGCUUUUCCAGUGCAUGCAGGACAUCUUCGGCAUCCCCCCUAACACCUUCUCUUCCUCUGCGCUGAUCUCCGCCCUGGCCAAGUCCGGGCAAUGGGAGCUGGCGGAGUUUUACUUCCACGACCUGGUGGCACGCUCCUCCAACGACCCCCGCAGCCGGCCCAACACCGUGACCUUCUCCGCGCUAUUAAAUGCAUACGAGAAAGGGGGCCAGUUCGAGAAGGCGCUCAAAGUCUUCCAGCAGCAGCUCGAUGCCAAGGUCGACCCAGACCUCAUCACCUUUGGCAGCCUGGUCUCGGCCUGCGAACGCGCAGGCCAGCUGGAGACGGCGAUCGCCAUGCUGGACGUCAUGCACAACUUUGGCCUGUCCGGCACGCAGCAGAUGUACAACGCGGUCAUCGCGGCGGCGCCGGACUGGAACUCGGCGCUCGAGGUCUUCCUCGGCAUGCAGUGCGCCAUGGUGGAGCCGACCGCCCAGACCCUGAACUCCACCCUGAUCCAGGCCGCGGGGUCGGGAAGCAUGCAGCCCAUCCUGGACGUGCUGCUGGCCGCCGGGCAGUGCCACGCCUCGCUGACGGCCAGCACGCUGGCGGCGGUGCGCCGCGCGACGACCGCGCUGGGCGGCGACCGCCAGCUGGCGCAUGUCCUCUCCUCGCUGCCCUCAAGCCUUUUCAAGUGA